GUGGGUGUCCCCAGCUGCGUCCCGGUGUCACCGCAGUGGGUGUCGCGAGCUUCAUCCCGGUGUCAUCACGGUGGUGUCCCCAACUGCGUCCCAGUGUCACCAUGGUGGCUGUCCCCAACCAUGUCCCGGUGUCACCGCAGUGGGUGUCCUCAACUGCGUCCCGGAGUCACCGCGGUGGUGUCCCCAGCUGCGUCCCGGUGUCACCGCAAUGGGUGUCCCGAGCUUCAUCCCGGUGUCAUCACGGUGGUGUCCCCAACUGUGUCCCAGUGUCACCAUGGUGGCUGUCCCCAACCAUGUCCCAGUGUCUCCGCGGUGGUUGUCCCCAACCAUGUCCCGGUGUCACCGCAGUGGGUGUCCCCAGCUGCGUCCCGGUGUCACCGCAGUGGGUGUCCCCAGCUGCAUCCCGGUGUCACCGCGGUGGUGUCCUCAACUGCGUCCUGGUGUCACUGCAGUGGGUGUCCCCAAACACAUCCCGGUGUCACCGCGGUGGUGUCCCUGACUGCGUCCCGGUGUCACCGCAGUGGGUGUCCCGAGCUUCAUCCCAGUGGCAUCACAGUGGUGUCCCCAACUGCGUCCUGGUGUCACCAUGGUGGCUGUGCCCAACCAUGUCACGGUGUCUCCGCGGUGGCUGUCCCCAACCACGUCCCGGUGUCACUGCAGUGGCUGUCCCCAAACGCGUCCUGGUGUCACUGCAGUGGCUGUCCCCAACCAUGUCCCGGUGUCACCGCGGUGGUGUCCCCAACCAUAUCCCGGUGUUACCGCAGUAGGUGUCCCCAAAUGCGUCCCGGUGUCACCGCGGUGGUGUCCCCAGCUGCGUCCCGGUGUCACCACGGUGGUGUCCUCAACUGCGUCCUGGUGUCACUGCAGUGGGUGUCCCCAAACACGUCCCGGUGUCACCGCGGUGGUGUCCCCGACUGCAUCCCGGUGUCACCGCAGUGGGUGUCCCCAGCUGCGUCCCGGUGUCACCACAGUGGUGUCCCCAAACACGUCCCGGUGUCACCACGGUGGGUGUCCCCAAAUGCAUCCCGGUGUCACCGCGGUGGGUGUCUCCAGCUGGGUCCCGGUGUCACCGCAGUGGUGUCCCCAGCCGCGUCCCCAUGUCGUUGCGGUGGCUGUACCCAACCAUGUCCCGGUGUCACCGCGGUGGUGUCCCGGACCAUGUCCCGGUGUCAUCACGGUGGGUGUCCCAAACUGCGUCCCGGAGUCACCAGGGUGCCUGUUCCCAACCACGUCCCGGUGUCACCACAGUGGGUGUCCCCAGUCUCGUCCUGGUGUCACUGCGGUGGUGUCCCUGACCGCAUCCCGGUGUCACCGUGGUGGCUGUCCCCAACCAUGUCCUGGUGUCACUGCAGUGGGUGUCCCCAGUCUCAUCCCGGUGUCACUGCAGUGGGUGUCCCCAGUCUCAUCCUGGUGUCACCGCGGUGGUGUCCCGGACCGCGUCCCAGUAUCACCAUGGUGGGUGUCCCCACACCCCCUGUCCUCUCGUGGUUGUGGUGAUGUCACCGUGCCAACCUCGUGCUGUUGGGCGCCUCCGUGUCACCCAAAUGGUCACCUUGUCACCCAAAACGUCACCGUGACACCACUUGCACGCCGGCUGUUGUCUCCUGGAGGUGACCGUCGCGCCGACCUCGUUGCGUUGGGUGUCGUGGUGUCACCCGAAGUGCCACCAUCCGAGGUCCACCCAUCAGCUGUGGUCUCCCGGAGGUGAACGCUGUGCUCGCGCCGACCGCGUCCCGCUGGGUGUUGUUGCGUCACCCGAACCGCCGCCGCCGCGACAGCACCGCCUGUUUCCAACCACGUUGCACCGCGGUCUUCGUGUCACCCGCAGGCCACCAUCGCUGCGUCCUCACCAUGGCUGCAGUGACACUGGGCAGUUGGGGGUCUCUGUGUCACAGCCGCGACCCGCAGCGCCGCACUGCCCCACACCAGCACCUCGUGGCCAGGAACACCAUCGCCGCAGCUGCAACCGUAGAACUUGUCGCGGUGUUGUCGCGUUGGGGGUAUCUGCAUCAGCCAAAGCACCAUG